UCCCAAGAGAAGAUCCAGAUCAGUAAAGAAAAGAAAAAGAAAUGCGACGAAUCACGCCCGCAGUGUUCUCGAUGCGCCGAGCGUGGUCAGGAAUGCUCUUACGAACCAGUCAAGCCUCGACAACGCAAGAAGCGUGAUUCGAUCGCCGGCUUCAGCUCCGACACGGCAUCUCAGACAAGUGCAAGCGCCCUUAUUCGCCGAUAUUCCGCCCCCGAUGCUACCAUCAGACGCUGGAAGGAGGAGGCUCUCGAUGACGAAGAUGAUGUAGCGGUGGAGGAGGCCAUCCUAGAGGAGCCGGAAGAAAGCGCCGAACCGCUCGUUUUCGACUUCAAGAAGAUGUUUGGUCUGCACCAGGACAAGGACGAUGGCCCUCUGAUUUCUCCAGUCGACUCUGUCGCUUUUAAUCUUUCGUUGGAAGAUGCAGAUGAGGAAAUCGUACGCCGUCGAUCCGUUCAACAGGAUGCGGUCCAAAAUCUCGCAGUCACGCGGGCUCAGCGCCACCCGGACCUGGCCAUGAUCGCGCCUGUUCCGGUGGCGUCGCCGCGUCUCGAGUUUCUUUUCCCUACGUUCUCCGAAUUCUCGGAACGGCCAAACCGACGGGCAUUGGUCGACCACUUUACCAACGUCAUGUCACACCUCAUAGUGCUGCGAGAGACGGAAGCUGGAAACCCAUUCCAACAACUCGUACUACCGCUGUGUCACAGCAGCAAGACUGUCACAAACGCCAUUUAUGCGCUCGCGAGUGCGCAUCUGGAGAAUCGAAGCUGCGGUCACACGGAAGAAAAGGCAGUUUAUUUCCACAACCAGGCCAUUCAGGGCUUGGCUCGGCUGAUUGAACUUGGUGGCGAAGCAAAUAAGAACGAGCUUCUGGCGACGAUCAUGCUGCUUGUGUAUUACGAAGUACUCGUGCAGCAGGGUCGGUCCAACAUCGUUGAUGGUCACCUCAAAGGUGCCAUCACAAUCAUGAGUGGCAACAGUGACAACAUCGACCCGACCACCGCCUUCCUCGAACGCGCAUUCCGUUUCUACGACGUGAUUGCUGCGCUUUCUUUUGGCACUGCUCCUCUUUCUACAGCACCCGCGACGGGCUGCCUGAUCCCUUUCCCACCGGUUGACUCCACCACCACAUCGCCACUCAAUUCCGUCGAUACGCUGCUAGGCUUCUCUACCACACUCUGGCCCAUUAUUCACCGUCUCUCCAACCUUCUCGCCCUCAAAAAUGAGCUUCAGACGGCCAUUACCAAUGGCCAGCUCACCAAGGUCGCCGUCUUACGGUCCGAAUUCGAAACCACUUCAGACGCAAUUGAGCAUGCACUCAAGCUCUGGCAACCUAAUUACCCUCCGGGCUUCUCACCCGACAUGACAGAUGAUCAGAACUCAGACGAACCCGAUCUCGCUGCUGAGCGCGCACGUCUACAUUCAAUUCUCAACAACGCGCUCGCCUACCGUCACUCCGCGUUUGUGUAUCUCUACCGCAGCAUCUACGGUUACCCGAGGCGACAUCAUCUUGUGCAACACCACACACACGCGGCACUAAGUCAUUGUGCCGCCACAGUCAAUCACGCCGGACCUAUGGCGGCUCUGUUGUGGCCACUGUUCGUGGCAGCAUGUGAGGCCAUUAGUCCCAGCGACCGACAGCUUGCCCGGCAGGCUUUCGUGGCAGUUGAACACCGGCAGGGCAUGACGAACAUCCAGCGCGCCUGGACGAUUGCGCAAGAGGUUUGGAGACGAGCAGAUAUGAUUGACGACCAUGCCGCCUACGAAGACCAUGCGAUUUCGAUGUCCACGCCCGGACAAAGAUUCGGGAAAGGAGCCGACCUGUGGAGGCGGGUCAGCGAGGACAUGGGCGUCACAAUUGUCUUUGGGUGA